CUUUGCAGAGCAAUCGACCGGAAAAUCCCAGCAUUUUGCACUCUCUCUGAGACUGAGAGUCCACUGACACUGGUGCAUUUUGGUCCUUUCAAUCCUCAAGGUAGAGAAAGUGAAACUAUCUGUUAUCUUCAUGGAGGACCCCGAAACCAAUAGAUAUAGUUGUUGAUCCGAGAAAUAGAGAGACACAGUGAACCAAAACAAUGCGUCGAGCGAUAUCGCUAUUGAUCCAGCCACGCUGCCUCCUCCUCUUCCUGGUCCUCUUAGUUUUCGUCGUCUUCGCGUUCUCCAGCCACAAAAAGGUUGAGGAGAAAGCAGAAGAAGUGCCUGAAAUCACCCACAGAGUUUACUUGGAUGUUGAUAUUGAUGAACAACGUCAAGGUAGAAUCGUGAUCGGAUUAUAUGGCCAAGUUGUACCAAAAACUGUUGAAAAUUUUAGGGCUUUGUGCACAGGGGAUAAAGGCAAGGGUCCCAGUGGGAAAAAACUCCACUAUAAAGGAACACCAUUUCAUCGUAUAGUAUCUGGGUUCAUGAUUCAAGGUGGAGAUAUUGUUUACGGCGAUGGUAGGGGGUUUGAAUCUAUAUAUGGUGGCACCUUUCCGGAUGAGAAUUUCAAGAUAAAAAAUUCACAUGCAGGUGUUGUUUCCAUGGUGAAUUCAGGACCUGAUUCUAAUGGCUCACAAUUUUUUAUCACUACAGUUAAAGCCAACUGGUUGGAUGGGGAGCAUGUUGUCUUUGGCAAGGUUAUUCAAGGCAUGGAUACUGUGUUUGCAAUUGAAGGAGGGGCUGGAACCUACAGCGGAAAGCCUAGAAAAAAGGUUGUUAUUGCUGACUCUGGAGAGAUACCCAAAAGCCAGUGGGAUGAGGAAAGAUAAGCUCCUCUAUACAUGAACAAUAGCAAGCUUUUUCCGUUUCAGGUUUGCGAAUUUGGUUCAGAUAAUUGAUUCACAUUCUCUUAACUUUGUAACACAUCCAUGAAUUUUAGCAGUCAUGAUUUCUCAGAUCGGAUAGUUAUAGGUGUUCUUGGAAAUAUUGUACUUUGUCAUUAACACAAGCAUGUUUGUUGUAGAGGAAUCAAGACAAAAUGAGCCUGUUUCCAUUUUA